AUGUCGGAUUCAGACCUCAAUUCUCGGCCUACCACGCCUCUUCCAGAAGCUGGUAAUGAUGCUGCAGACUCUGAGCAAGGCACGCCUCCACCUCCUGCUGCCGAUGCUGACGACGAUAUGGACAACCUCGAUCCCGACGACGAUGACAAGGAUUCACUAGCAUCAGAGCUCUCCGAAGUCGACGAAGCUGAGUUUGCCGAUUUCGAUCCCACAACAGUAGCUCUUGAGGAUAGACCCUUGGUAGAUAUCGAUGAGGAUGCAGCGCGAACAUUAAAGGCAGGCAAGCGGAAGAGAGCAGAGGAUGGCAAGAAGCCAAAGGAGGCGAAACGGGACAAGAAGAAGAGACGUCGUGAUGACGAUGAAGAUCCAGAUGGAGAGCAGAUUGAUGGAAAGAGGGUUAGGAAGCCAAAGAGUGAUGGAGAAAGGAAGAGCAGAGAGGGAGGCAAGGAGCGAAAGCGACCUACCGAGCCAGAUGAUGAGACGCUUACUCCAGAGGAGAGGCGACGGCGUGCACUGGACAAGGCGAUGGACGACGCUUUGAAGGCUCCCAACAAGAGAAGACGCAAGAAGGAUGAAGUGGAUCUCGAAGAGGCAUUUGACGAUGAGAUCGCGGCUCUCAAAAUACGCAUGGAGCAAGCUUGCGAGGCGGACAACGCAGCUCGUGAGAGUGGCAAACCUGCACUCCAAAAGCUCAAGAUGCUUCCCGAAGUAGUCAGUCUACUGAGUAGAAACACUGUUCAGCAUUCCAUCGUGGAUCCCGAUACCAAUUUCCUCCAAUCUGUCAAGUAUUUCCUAGAACCAUUAGGCGAUGGAAGUCUUCCAGCAUACAACAUUCAACGCGAUCUUUUUACGGCUCUUACGAAACUACCUAUCGAGAAAGAGGCAUUGCUGAGCAGCGGUAUUGGCAAGAUCGUGCUAUUCUACACCAAGAGCAAGAAGCCUGAAAUUGGGGUUAAGAGGAUUGCGGAACGGUUGAUGGGAGAGUGGUCACGACCGAUUUUGAAGCGAAGUGAUGAUUACAAGCAGCGCAAGGUGGAUACUAGAGAGUACAACCAUCAAGCUGCUCAACUCGCCAUCCGCCCCUCUGGCACCCAAGCCUCGCAAUCAAGCUCAUCCCAACGUCCUGGUCUUUCGAAACGUGAAAUUGAGCGAGAGCGUGUUCUUGCCCAACCCAACAAAAGUAACAGAGCCAGAAUGGAGACCUCUAACUCUAGUUACACUGUUGCGCCGAGAAGUACUUUUGAUCCUAACCAGGGUCUCGAUCCGUUAUCGAGACCAAUUGGUGCUAGUGCUGAGUCUGAAAUCAAGAAGUUGAUUGAGAGGAAGAGAAAGAAGAAGAGUCAGGGUGCUAGGAGAGGGUGA